ACUAUCUCUGACGCCGCUCUUUCCUUACGUGGCAAAAUCUCAGCCCUUUAUCUACCCAAUAACCUCUACCUACUGCCCCCUAUACUUUCCUCUAAUUACACUUUGGCCCUUCUUCCCUUCACUUAAACCUCAAAGCCAAAAAAGCUUCAACACAAUUCACAUAUACAAACACAAUAGUGAUAUACGCAUUUCUCAUAGAUAGAGAUACAUGCAGAUUUGUUCAUAAAUUUAACUUUAAUAUAAAUACACGCAAAGGUAGUAGAAUUAUACAUAUUCUUGUACAAAAUACAGGAAUCUAUACAUACAUAUGCACGUGUAUAUGUAUAUAGUGAGAGAAGAGAAAGAGCAAUAGCUUACAGUUUACGCUGUUGAAGAAUUUCGAUUCGGUUUUUGAAACGGAAUUUUCCAUGUCUGAAGUCAACGAGUCAUGGAGAGAAGGCAUAGACACCGAAAUCCGGUACAAUUCGAGCUACUCCGCCGUCGGUGGCGGAAUUGGUGUGGCUAAGGCAGCGGCGGCGGCAGGUAAUGAAGCUGAGAACUGGAAAUUUCAUGCGGUGGAGUUUGCUAAAGGAUUUGCGGAGAUGAGUGUGGAGUUCGGGAAAGGGGUGAGGGAUGUGUUGAAGCAGAGUGUGAUCAGAGAGGAUUCGGUACUCGUGAGGAAAGUUGGAGCGCCGUGUUAUAAACUUUGCCGGAGGUUGAGUUUUCUGAAUGAAUACUUGCCGGAAGAUCGUGAUCCGGCUCAUGCUUGGAGUGUGAUAUUUUUUGUCUUAUUUAUUGCUUUUUCAGUACUGAUUGUAAGUAGUGAUGAUAUAUCUCCAAAUCCAUUGGUCAAGAAAGUGUAUGUACAUCCUCCAAAUGCUAGUCGAAUUUUGCUCCCAGAUGGUAGACAUUUUGCUUAUCAUCAGCAAGGUGUUUCGGCUGAGCAGGCUAGAUUUUCUAUGAUUGCCCCACAUUCUUUCGUCUCGUCCCGUCUUGCAGGAAUACCCGGCAUUAAGACUUCUCUUCUGCAAGAGUAUGGGGUUCGCUUGGUAACAUAUGACCUUCCAGGAUUCGGGGAAAGCGAUCCUCAUCCUUCUAGGAACCUUGAAUCAUCAGCCAUGGAUAUGCUACACUUGUCAUAUGCUAUCAAUGUUACUGACAAAUUCUGGGUGGUGGGAUUCUCUGGUGGAAGUAUGCAUGCUUGGGCUGCCCUUAAAUACAUUCCUGACAGGAUUGCAGGUGCAGUCAUGGUUGCUCCAAUGGUUAAUCCAUAUGAACCAAAAAUGACCAAGGAGGAGAAGAAUAAAAUGUGGAAAAGAUGGACAACAAAGAAGAAAGUCAUGUAUACGUUAGCUAGGAAGUUUCCCAGAUUACUUCCUUAUUUUUACCGUAGAAGCUUCCUGUGUGGAGUCCAUGGCCAGAUCGAAACACGGCUUUCCUUGUCACUGGGAAUUAGAGAUAAAGCUCUGGUGGAACACCCAUUGUUUGAAGAGUUCUGGCAGAGAGAUCUAGAAGAAUCGGUGCGGCAAGUGAAUGCAAAGCCAUUUGUGGAGGAAGCUGUCUUACAGGUUUCAAAUUGGGGUUUUAGCCCUGCAGACCUCAAAGUGCAGAGAAAACGCCCUGGAAAAGGUAUUCUGCAUUGGAUUAAGUCUCUAUACGGUCAAACAGAAGAUAUCUUGAGUGGAUUCCUUGGUCAAAUACAUGUAUGGCAGGGGAUGGAAGAUAUGGUGGUACCACCAUCCACAAGUGAUUUUUUGCAGCGAGUCCUACCAGAUGCAAUGGUACAUAGGCUCUUAUAUGAGGGUCAUUUCACUUAUUUUUACUUUUGUGAUGAAUGCCAUAGACAGAUAUUUAGCACUGUCUUUGGGAAUCCUCAAGGACCUCUUGCCACAGAACCAGAAGCAGACCAAUCUCGCAUAAAUAAAGAUGACGGAGAUAUACAAGAUACAAUUAUGAGUGAUGUUUCCACUGAUGAAGAGAAUGCAUCUACACUAGUCAAUUCUGAUAAAGAGGACUUUAUAGACUAGCUUGACCACCUGCAGUUUGCAGCCAAAUUACCUUAAAUGUCCAUUAUCUAUAUGGCCACAGUGGUUCCUUCCUAGCUUUGUGAAUAAUACGAAGCAUAGAUUACCUAGGAGGAAAUAGUUACAGUAAAGAUGAGUUUAACACACUUUUAUGUAGUCUCAGAUCUAUUUAUUACAAGAUCACAGAUAUAAGCACCCCAAUUGAACGCCUAGCCUUAAGCUGAGUCUCGUUAUAUGGUUUUGAUUAGGCUGGGUUCAGUUGAUAGGAGAAAAAUUACAGAGCCUUUCAGUAACAUUGGCAUAUUUUUGCGACUUCUUAUCCUUUCCUUUUUCAUUAACAUUUUUGUUGUUUAUAAAAAGGUCCAAGAAAGUUUGGAAUAAUGACGAACUAUUUCUAGUGUUCUUUUUUUGUGGUGUAUUGAAUGUUGGAAAA